UUUAUUUAAAAUAAAGCUGUUUAUUUGGCACUUCUGGGCAGCCCUUUUUUGAAGAACCACAGCAAUGGGUGGCUUUGGAGCCCAUCUUCGAAGGAAUCAAUUCAUCCUCCUGGUGCUCUUUCUUUUGCAAAUUCAGAGUCUGGGUCUGGACAUUGAUAGUCGUCCUACGACUGAAGUCUGUGCCACACACACAGUUUCACCAGGACCCAAAGGAGAUGAGGGUGAAAAAGGAGAUCCAGGAGAGGAGGGAAAGCAUGGCAAAGUGGGACGCAUGGGGCCGAAAGGAAUUAAAGGAGAACUGGGUGAUGUAGGAGACCAAGGCAAUAUUGGCAAGACCGGGCCCAUUGGCAAGAAGGGUGACAAAGGGGAAAAGGGUUUGCCUGGGAUACCUGGAGGAAAAGGCAAAGCAGGGACUGUCUGUGAUUGCGGAAGAUACCGAAAAGUUGUUGGACAACUGGAUAUCAGUGUGGCUCGCCUCAAGACAUCGAUGAAGUUUGUCAAGAAUGUCAUAGCAGGGAUUCGGGAAACCGAAGAGAAAUUCUACUACAUCGUUCAGGAGGAAAAGAACUACAGGGAAUCCCUGACCCACUGCCGGAUCCGGGGUGGAAUGCUAGCUAUGCCGAAGGACGAAGCUGCCAACACACUCCUGGCAGACUACGUCUCCAAGAGUGGCUUCUUCCGGGUGUUCAUCGGGGUGAAUGACCUCGAGAGAGAGGGCCAGUAUGUGUUCACCGACAACACUCCACUGCAGAACUACAGCAACUGGAAGGAGGGUGAGCCCAGCGACCCCUACGGCCACGAGGACUGCGUGGAAAUGCUGAGUUCAGGCAGGUGGAAUGACACAGAGUGCCAUCUUACCAUGUACUUUGUCUGUGAGUUUGUCAAGAAGAAAAAGUAACUUCCCUCUUGCUGCACAGUUGUCAUUUCCCUGUGACUACCAUGGCAGUUAUUUUUAUCCAUCUUUUUCUGGCUAAUUACACGAAAUUCAUUCUGACUCAAGGCAAGUGAGAAAUGCUAGACUGAGGUUUGGAAUCUCCAUCGCCAUGCUCGUCCAUGACAAUUUUGAACAUUUUCAUACAUGGUAUGUUAUUGAGCCAUAAGCUCACCAGGUUAUGGGUCCCAAGAGAUAGUUUGAAUUACUAGUUGUGCAGGAGGUGGUUGUCUGUGUCUCAAGUGAAAGUCUCUCUUGGCAUUUGCUCUGCCACCUCUCCCUAGAGCCGUAAACCACUGUCUAUCUAGCCCAGUGGAUAAUUGGAUAGUUGGCUGGGGAUGAUUAGGCUCCAAGCCAGACAUAUGAGAGGCUCUUCUCUUAGGAAUGUCAAGGUAUUAUCUGUCUUUGAACCCAAGAUCCCCAGUUCUUUGACCCAAUCCACCAUGGCCAUAGCCACACAUGCAAGGUCCUCUUCUUUGCAUAGACUCAGAAAUACUUCAACUCUAAGCCUCUAUAUGAGGAACUUCUAGCCUAGUGCCCUGUUCCAGACCAUAUGGAAUCAUACAGAUAACUUUUGUUCUUCUGGUUGACAGCCUUCACUGAAGUAUACCAAGCCUUGGCCCCCUUUCUGUAGGCCCACAGGUUAAUUCCAGGCCUCCAGAUAUUAACCCUCUGAUCUGAGGAAAAGGGAACUCUAGAAAUUGAAAAGAAAAAAAGAAGAGGUUAGCUCCCACACAAUAUUAUUUAUAAUCCUCCUGUUAAAUUGCCCCCCUUCUAUUAAUAUGGCUCCAUUUUUCCUCAUCUUAAGUUUAUCCAUAGCAACUUUUCUCCCCUUGGGCAUGGAGAAUGAAGGAAAGGGUUUGUGAAGCCUUCAGAAAACUCUAGAAGCUUCAGGGUGCUACCAACACCAAGUCUCUAAGACCCUUCUCUGCCUCUAAUAUAUCAUGCACGGUGACAUUUUGUGGGAGGCCCUUUAUUCUCUGUAACUGUAUGUUGUAAAAAUCUCACAUCAGUGAUGCUUUCAAGUACUAUGACAUCGUAAGAAUGUGUCAAGUGUGCAGUUUGGAACAUGCCUGAGACUCACAUUUACUAAGCUGGUAAAAUUCUACUUUGAACUGCAGAUCAAACCUCAAAGCAGCUCUAAAUUGAAAUUUAAAAAUAAAAGUUCAACAAAACCCUAGAUUAUCCCCUUAUAAACUGCUGCUCCAGUUACAGUUUGUGACAUAUAAUUAGACGUUUAAAAUGCUGGCAAAACAGUUAAUGAAGUAAGAGAAACAGAUCAACAACAUAUGUUCACCUUAAACCACCUGUCUAUGAUUUCAACCAUGACUAACCGGUUAUGAGAUAGGACUUAAUUAGGUUAUUUCUGUGAGUUUAUCGAGGGUCACAAACUCAGGUUCUACAGAGGCCAUACAGGUGACAUAAAUAAAUGAAGUGGAGCAGGUGGGGAUCCUGAAACACUGAACACAGCUUGCCCUCCCAAAGGAACCAGCUGCUUCUCAGUCACUGCUAUUUUUGCCAUGGAGGACCCAAUGUUGCUACAUGUUCUGAUAUUUAAGAGAAGUCAGAAAGCUGGAACUUUAUAAGAUACCUUUAUAUUUUUAAAUGUUGGCAACUAAUCAAUUCUUAAUCCACAUUCUAAGUCAUACAAAACAGUCUGCUAACCAAAAUUGUGACCUUUCCACUUCUCACCUCUGGGGAAAAGUUCUGAAGGUUCUAACUGUGUAGGAUGUCAUUAGGGCACAGUGACAUCAAAGUCAAGAUCUCCCAUUUAUGCCUCAUUCAAUUCAGCUCAUAACAGGACUUCAGUCAAUGUUUGGCAUUCCUCAGGUUAAUAGAUUAGUUACUAAUUCAGACUUUUGAGAAUGUGGCAUAUUUUGAACACAGGGCAGUUAAAUCAAAAUGACAAAGCAGGACACCAUAUCAAAUCCAGUAUCCUGGGGUAGAAUGCCAGCCAAGAGCUUGAGGAACAAGAAUCUAGAAGCACUUAGAGGAAAAGAAAGGGAUUAGAAAAGAGGAGAGCGGGAACAGACAGUAAACAUUGCCUAUGGGCAGCUCACACCGGGAUCCAUAUUCUGAUUUGUUCUAAGCCCCCCAAGUAUGAAUAUUAAUUGUGUGUACUGUCCAUGCUAUUCUAAUUUCUAUUAUGAUUGUUAUAAUAAUAACAACAUUUGUCUCAAUGACUCAUCGUUGCUGCCAGUGCUUCCAAGAGAAGAUGACAGAGUUUCAAAGAUAGGAUUCAUCCUGAGACCUGGCCUGGGAGAAAUUUUGAAGGCACCACACACUUAAUUAGAUUUGCUAUAAAACUUACUUUGUGCUUUACAGACUAAAUGCCUUCACAUAACAUUUUCCAUGUGAUCCUGAUAAACUCUGUGAAGUAUGGAGGGCAGACGUUUUUACUGCCAUCUUUCCAAUGAGAAUACUGAGGUCCAAGGAAGCUAGGCAGUUUACCAAAAUCAACUCGUUUGAAAGAAAAGCAGGAUUUCACUCUGCUGAUUGAAACUGUCGAUCCAGUGUUCUCUCCAGCCUAUGUUUUUUGCUCUUAUAUUGAAUGGAAUUUCAUCCACGAUUCUCUUGUGAUAACAGGGGCUCAAAUAAUCUCUCUUGAUUACUUUCCAAAGUUAAAGAUUAGGGUUAAUUAAUAGAAAUGCUGGGGAUUCAGAAACUUGCCUUACAAAUAUGGUACUCACUGGUUUCUUUUUAAAUUCAGGAAUGUCUACACAUGUCAUUAAUGUUGAGGUGAUUUAGUACAGUGGCACUACAGUUUUGCAAAUAACUACAGAUUUAGGGAAAGCAAGGCAGAUAUAUUAAAAUUAAGAUUGGCCAAAAAAAAAAUGAGCAAGUAAUUAUUUGCCCCAUAAGAGAAUAAAGUAGAUAAUUCCCUUAAAUAAUUAGCAUUUAAAAUCAAUUUCAUUCUCAAAAGUUCAAUGUAUAUUCAACUUUUCAGGAACAUAUCUGGGCACUUGCCAAGGAUGACAUAAAGGUUCCAGGGGAAGAAAAUUAAAAAUUUAUUCACAAUUGCACUAUGCUGCCUUUUCAAAGCAACACACUCUAUAGCCAGACAAGAAGAAAAAUAUUAUGUCCAGAGUCACUGCCCAAACACUAUAGAAAGGUAUACAUCCUGUGUUGAGAGAAAUAUAACAAACAUUGAUUACACUUUGGACAACUCACCCAUAAAAACUACUGGCAUUAAAGAAAAUGUAUUUUUUCCUGCUUAGAUGUAUGAGCUUCUUUGAUUGUUGUUAACCAAUUAAUUUUCAGCUCUCUGGAUUGCGUACCUGGAGACCAUAAGACGUCUGUGGAAUAGGAAAGGUUAACUAAAUAGCAGCACCAACUGCAUCUGCCACAGAUAAGAACCCUUAAACAGAUGAAUUUAUCAAGAGAACGUCAGUCGGGAAGAAUACUCAUAAGCUCCGCCAUGAUAUGUGAAAAACCAAGGCAGGCACAGAAAUUUCCUAAGUCUUGAGAAAAUGAGGAGGACUGAUGGUAUCAACAGCUAAGAAAUGUUAUAGUCAUUCAGGGAAACUGGAUGCAUUAACAAAAAAGCCACAGUGAAUAAAUAGAAUUGCACACAGCAAAUGGAAAAUCAUAGGAUCUACCCAAACUCUGGACUGUGGAGCAACUUUGAAAAUACAAUAUUUAUGGUAAUAACUUCUAAAAACUUUGUCAUGACAAAGUAUGGCAAACUUAAAGCAAUACCCAUUGCACAGUAGAGGCAAAUCUUUCUGUUUAUUGAUACUUAGAACAUUGCAUUUGUGGAAGGAAAUCUCAUUAUCAGAGGGAGGCAGUUAAAUGGAGAUGAUCCAAAAAGAAAGAAAUGCAUAGGAUUAGACCCCUGGAAAAGUGAGUGAAUGUCUUAUUUACAAUAAGACAAUUAUUGAAGUAAUUAUUUCACAGAAGUAAAUUAUUUCACAGAAGAGUGUCUAGCUUGAUGGAACUUUCACUAUUCAGUUAUCAAACUCUUUAACAAUGUUAACGAUUUUGAAGGAAAACUUUAUACACAGAAUUUUUAUAAUUGCGUUUGUUCUUCAAAAGAACAUGUGAAAUGUAAAAACAUUUUUGAUAAUUGAAGUGGUUACUAUAAAUAUGAAUUAUGGUAUUGUAAAAUAAGAAUGCCUUGAGGACUUAUAAGGUGUUUGAAGCUUUUUACUAAUCCAGAUGUCUGUGCUUUCAGAAUUUUGGUGUCUAGAUUUUAAUAUUAUUAUUAUUACUAUUAUUACUUUCUUCCUGAAAGUAAUAGGAAGUUACUACUUAUCUCUUUCUAUUAUUGCUUGAACACGCUUAUGAUCUCAGUGGCUAGUCACUACAUUUUGGUGCCCUUAUUUGCUAGAGAAGAGGAAUUGUGUGUAAACUGGAGAAAACAAAUGCAAAUGAAAAGCCCUCCUGUAGUAAAUUUCAUUGGCUUUCUAAGCUGUGCUAUUUGCCAGCUCUUUUAGAUUCUCAGCAAAUUGAAUUUCUCCCCACCGCACCCCCGCUCCCUCAUUCACUCUUAUUCAUUUUUGUCUAUCUCACUGUGCCCUGCAUACAGAGGUAGCCUCAUGUUUGAUGCAAUACUAGAGUGUGUUGUAUGCAAACACACACACACAUACAAACACAGAGAGAAUAAGGCAUAAAGUAUCUAGUAUAAAGAAGGAAAGGGUUGUAAGUUAAUGAUUUAAUGAUAGAAAAUUAUAACUAUAUUAAUAUACUUGAAGAUGUAGCCAAGUGAGAGUAAGAGAGAAACCAAGACCAAGACUUUGACACAGAAAUUUUAGGCUGAUGGCAGUCCUAAAAUUCAAAUUCAGAAAUCUGAACUAUAAAAGAAUUUCAGUGUAAAGACUGAAAAUUACUUCAAGAAAUUUAUUCAACUCACACUAUAUUCUAUGGUACUUCCAAAUUAUGUGAACCGAAUGGUUUCAAUCAAGAAAAUUUAGUGCCUUUGAGCAAUCAAAUGACUAACAUAAUUAAUGAUAUUUACAGAAUAAUCUAAUCUUUAGAUAAUAAUCAUGACCUAUUCGAAAUCAGGGACCAAGCUUGUUCAUUUUUGUCUCUCCUCAAUGUCUAGCCUAGCAUUGCACAUAGCGGAUGCUCAAAAAAAGCUUAUCAAAAGAAUAACUGUUACCUUUGUAAAAACUUAAAACAAAUGGCUGGCUGCCUGGCUAUAUAGGUAUACCUAUGCAUGAAUAUAUAGAUAAAUAUACUGGGAAACGAUCAUUCAUUGGUUAUUUAAUUCUAAACAAAACCCCUUCAUUCCUUGCAAAGAUAUUUUUUGUCUUUAAGUUAAUUGGAUCAGUAAGACAGUCUCUGCCUUGAAGGGGAUUGUAGUUUCUUUGAAGAAUACAAUAUACAUUAUGAUAUUGAAGGCUUGUUUAUUACUGUAAUAUUUGUCAACAUACCUCUUUUAAAUGUCAA